AUGGCAUCAACAAGAAAGCGAAACCGGGAGGAGCACGAGGAAGAUCUUGACUUCCACUCUAUCGCAUCCCCCGCAAUUUCCUCAGCCCUUCCGAGUUCCCCGCCACAGAACGAUGACUCCGAUGAAGAUGGCUUGGUUGACGAGGAAGACGGCAUCCAAGACGUUGAUGAUCUAGAUGAAAUGGCAGAAGAUGAAGAUGGAAUAAACUUAAUGGAAUACGCAGAGAGGGACUAUGAGGCAGAUGAUGCUCAAGACAACUACGAGAGAGACGGGCUGGACGAUGAUGGAGAAUACGAAGAUAUGAGCCCGGAAAUCAGGCGUGCUCUGGAAGAACGCAUGGAACACCGUGACAGAGAAGCAGCAACCCGUGGAAAACCGGCAGCCUUUCUCAAUGAAGAUGACGAAGACAUAGACCUUCUGGGACAGCCCCUCCGACGCCGACAUGUUUAUUCAAAUUAUGAUGAGGCCCCUCACGACGAAGAUAACUGGGAGCAAGAGCUGAGUUUGGAGGCUCUUGCUGAUGUUAAAAACGCGUCUCUGCCCGAAUGGAUUGCUCUCCCUGCCGUCCAGCGCUCUAUCGCUAGGGAAUUCAAGAGUUUUCUCCUCGAGUACGUUGAACCAGGCUCCGAAGUUUCAGUCUAUGGGAAUCGGAUUCGUAAUUUAGGAGAAAUGAACGCCGAAUCGCUCGAGAUAUCUUAUCGUCACCUUGCGGACACCAAAGCAGUACUCGCAUACUUUUUAGCAAAUGCACCAACGGAGAUUGUACCCAUAUUUGACGCCGUCGCAAUGGAUGCCGUAUUAUUGCACUAUCAAGAUUACGAUCGUAUCCACCCUGAAGUUCAUGUCCGGGUAUCGGAUGUCCCCGCUGUUUUCACCCUGCGUGAAUUACGACAAUCACACCUCAAUGCCCUCGUUAGGGUUUCCGGGGUUGUCACUCGCCGGACUGGAGUUUUUCCACAGCUCAAAGUUGUGAAGUUUGACUGCACGAAGUGCGGAAUUACCAUUGGUCCUUUUCAACAAGAAUCUAAUGUUGAGGUCAAAAUAUCAUAUUGUCAAAAUUGCCAAUCUCGAGGACCUUUCACACUCAAUUCGGAAAAGACGGUUUAUCGUAACUACCAAAAACUGACUCUUCAAGAAUCCCCGGGGACAGUACCGGCAGGAAGACUUCCCCGACAUCGUGAUGUAAUCUUAUUGUGGGAUCUUAUAGAUGCCGCGAAGCCUGGUGAAGAGGUUGAAAUUACCGGAAUAUACAGAAAUAAUUACGAUGCUCAACUGAACAACCGAAACGGUUUCCCGGUUUUUGCAACAAUACUCGAGGCAAAUAAUGUCAUAAAAGCUCACGACCAGCUUGCUGGGUUCCAGUUGACGGAGGAAGACGAGACUAUAAUUAGACGGCUCGCUAAAGAAAGCACUAUCGUCAAUAAGAUCAUUGAUAGUAUCGCACCUUCAAUAUACGGCCACACCGAUAUCAAGACUGCAGUCGCCGCAUCACUGUUUGGUGGUGUCCCUAAAAACAUUCAAGACAAGCAUACCCUUCGUGGCGAUAUUAACUUAUUGCUACUUGGCGAUCCUGGAACCGCCAAAUCACAAAUCUUAAAAUACGUGGAAAGAGUUGCUCACCGUGCCGUCUUCGCCACCGGACAGGGCGCAAGCGCAGUGGGCCUAACCGCUAGUGUCCGAAAAGACCCUAUAACGAAUGAAUGGACCUUGGAAGGCGGUGCCCUCGUCCUCGCGGACAAGGGUACGUGCCUCAUCGAUGAGUUCGAUAAAAUGAAUGACCGAGACAGGACUUCCCUUCAUGAAGCCAUGGAGCAACAAUCCAUAUCAAUUUCAAAAGCAGGUAUAAUCACAACGUUACAGGCUAGGUGUUCCAUCAUCGCAGCUGCAAAUCCCAUCGGCGGCCGAUAUAACUCAACAAUCCCCUUUGCCCAGAACGUGGAGCUUACCGAGCCUAUACUAUCACGAUUUGAUGUCUUGUGCGUCGUUCGAGAUACGGUUAAUCCUGAAACGGACGAACUCUUGGCCAAAUUUGUGGUCUCAUCCCACGGGUCCUCACAUCCUCUUUCAAAACACGCCGACAAUGGGUCCACACGAAACGAAACUAAACCAGGCCAUAUUCCACAAGAGAUAUUAAGAAAAUAUAUUCUCUUUGCUCGACGAGAGUGCCGGCCGAAAAUUCACCAUAUCGACGAAGAAAAACUAGCAAGACUCUUUUCGGAUAUGCGACGGGAGUCACUAGCAACAGGAUCUUUCCCUAUAACUGUUCGUCACUUAGAAUCUAUCAUACGACUUUCCGAGGCUUUUGCAAAGAUGAGGCUUUCCGAUUAUGUGCAAGCAAGAGAUAUCGAUCUCGCUAUAGGGGUAAUAAUUGAAAGUUUUAUUGGAGCUCAGAAAUUGAGUGUUAAAAAGGGGCUUGCCCGCGCAUUCGCAAAAUACACUCUGCGAAGAGGUGAAAUAAUUUAA